AUGGUUGGGAUGGACUUGAAAAGCAUUUGUUUGUUACUCGCCACAGCUGUCAUUGGAUUAGUGAGUUGCACAUCCAUUAAUCCAGAUGGCUUCCUUAGCGUUGACUGUGGUGCAAAUGAUAAUCAAACAGACCAGAAUGGUCUAUUGUGGGUUUCUGACGCUCCUUUCAUUAAAACUCGGGAAGUUUCGAAAGGGCCUUUUGCGCAGUUAUUUCAGCUGCGGACAUUCGCCUUUUUUAAAAAUCUUGAAGCAAAAAAGUAUUGCUACUCACUCCCAGUCCAACUGAGUUUGAAUUACUUGGUUAGAGCAACUUUCUAUCCUGAUUCUACAUCUUAUUUGGCAACAAUAUUUGAUUUAUCUAUCGAGGGAAUCAACUGGGACACUGUAAACCUAUCCAGUUUGGAGAUUCAUUACUAUGGGACUUACGAAAUCAUCUUGGCCGCCAAAAGUGAGAGCCUCAGUUUAUGCCUUGCACGUAAUUCCCAAACAGAAGAGAAUCGAUACGUUUUCAUUACAAGCAUUGAGUUGCGGCCACUCAAUUCUUCUAUGUACAAUUCCACAGAUUUUGUAAACAAAGCCUUAUAUCUAUAUGAUCGGAUCAGUUUUGGGGCAAAUAAUUCUAUACACUACCCAGAUGAUCCAUUUGAUCGUUAUUGGUUGAAUUUGUCGUCAAUCACAGAUAAAAGGACAGUUGCUGUUGCCGCGGAAGUUGAUCAGACAGAAUCCUUAGGGAGCCGGUUGAUGAACAAGCCACCUACCAGCGUAUUAAGGACUGCUAUUGCCAAGACAGUCGUUGAUAAUAUGACAAUUUCCGGGGCAUUUCAGUAUAUUUCUCUUCCGGGAUUUUAUUUUUUUGCAGUUUACUUUUGCAACAUCAACCAGGCAAAGGUCACUGGGAAGUUUGCAGUCUACAUUGACCAUUACCAAAUAUCAGAAUUCCAAGAGUUGGGGUUUCUGCAGUGCAAGCAAGUAAAUCGAGUCUUAGAGCUUCCCACUCCGGGUUAUGUAAAUAUAACCUUCAAACCCAGUGAUACAUCACAGUUGGGACCAUUCAUUAAUGCAGCAGAAAUGUACAGCGUACUUCAAGUACAAACAACCACAAAUCCUGGAGACGUGUUUGCAAUCAGAAAAAUAGCAGAGGCAAUAAAUGUUCCCGACGACUGGACAGGUGGAGAUCCAUGUUUACCAGCUAAUUAUUCAUCAACAGGGAUAACUUGUAGCCAAGAUGAUCCUCCGCGAGUCAUUAUCAUAAAUCUAACAAACAUGAAUCUGGAUGGCGUCAUACCUACAAACAUAGGGGACUUAACGGCAUUAAUACAGUUGUUGCUGGGAAACAAUAAUUUGUCAGGCCAGAUUCCGGAUCUUAGUUCACUGAAGAAUCUUACAAUACUGCAACUGCAAAACAAUCAACUCACGGGAGAAAUUCCAAGAUCAUUGGAGAAGCUUCAAAUGUUAAGACAACUUUUUCUGCAGGGAAAUAAAUUGGAGGGAACGGUGUCCCAAGGAUUAGUGAGGCCUGGGUUAGACCUUCGAUUUUAUCCGCAAAAUAAUCUCACAUCACCCAGUCACAAAAUUAAAGCUUGGGUAAUAGUAGUUUUGAUUGUUUGUGCGCUGGUGUUAGUUUUAGUCGUCUUCUCUGCAAUCUUUCUUUGGAGGCUUAAACGUCAAUCGCAACCCGCAGAGGGUUCAGUUCUGUAUCAACAACACCCAUCCACAGAUGAAGACAAUCAAAACCAUUAUCACAGGUUGGCUAUAGAAUAUACAGAGGAGGAGAUUAAAAUAGCUACAAAUAACUAUUCCAAACUCAUUGGUAAGGGAGGCUUUGGAUCAGUAUAUUAUGGCAGAGUUUCAGGAUGUGAUGUAGCAGUAAAGAUACAUGAGAACGAUUCUAAUCAAGGAAAGGGAGAAUUUCAAAACGAGGUAACUCUACUUUCAAGGAUAUAUCACAAGAAUCUAGUAAAUCUUAUUGGCUAUUGCAAACAAUCCAUAAUGGCGUUGGUCUAUGAAUACAUGCAUUGCGGAACAUUGAAGGAUCAUCUACAUGGCAAAUUGGAGAAACCACUUGAUUGGCACACAAGACUGAGCAUUGCUCUGCAAGCAGCGGAAGGCUUGCUCUAUCUACAUAAUGGCUGUAGUCCUCCAAUUAUACACAGAGAUAUAAAAUCCAGUAAUAUACUAUUGGAUAACAAAAUGUGUGCCAAGGUAGCUGAUUUCGGUCUAUCCAAACUGGUUGCGAGUUCAAAGGGCUAUACAUUAACCGAAGUGAAAGGAACCAUGGGUUAUCUUGAUCCCGAAUACUUUGCAACAUUAUCGUUAAAUGAGAAAACUGACGUCUAUAGUUUUGGAGUGGUUUUACUGGAGAUUAUUUCUGGAGUAUCACCGAAACAGGGAAUAGUAGAAUCGGCACGCAAACUGCUCUCAUGCGGGAAUAUAGAAAACCUUGUGGAUUCCUCAUUGGGUGGCCGAUAUAAUGUAGAAUCGGCUUGGAAAGUUGCAGAGGUAGCAUGCACAUGUGUUGAAAAUGAGUUAAAUAAGAGGCCCAAAAUGAAUGUGGUUGUGAAAGAACUGGAAGAAGCAGUAGCACUUGCACAUGCUAAUAACAAUCUUUCUGUCAAGGAUACCAUGGCCUCAUUUGAUAACAGGGACUUGCCCAGUCUUAGGUAG